ACUACUUCUGCAGUUCCCAAUGUGCAUGUUAAAAGAUAAGCUAAUUUAGAACAAUACAAAUAUAAAGGAUUAAAUUUGAUAAAAUAAUAUAUAUGAGGGGGUUAAUCACAUAUUAUGUCAGCUUUACCACCUGAAAACUGUUUGGUGUGAUUAGGAGUACAAAAAGAAUAGGCAGCUAUUAGAGAAGUUGGAACAGUUAGCAAGUGUAGCUAAAUCAAUAAAACGAUACAACAGAUAGCUACAGGUAAGAAUACGCUUUUGAAAUGCUUUUGAGAUAGCUAACUCAGUAAUUAAAUGAUGAUAUAGAUAAAAGUAACAGUAAAAUGGAUAAAAUACUUCAGCGUAAUGAUUAAAUGCUUGAGACAUUUAACAAAAAUGCUGUAUGAAUGGGUAAUAAUGCUAACAGUAAUAGCUGAAUGGAUAAAAUUGCUAACUUUUAUAAUUGCAUCAUUGAGGUAACUCAGUGUUAUCCUUAAACGGUAAUAGCUGAAAAUAAUAGCGCAGACUCAAAAGACUAAGCUAAAAAUAAUAGGUGGGUGAAAUGGCUAAAUGUAAUUGUUAAUUGGUAGAAAUGUUUAGCUAAAAAUACUAUGCAAAUAUUCAGUUAAAAUAAUGUAGGAAUGGAUAUUAGCUAAUAAUAAGGGAUGAAAGGUUAAGUUGGCCAGAAGUAAUGAUUAAAUGGGUGUAAUUUAGCUUUAAAAACAAAAAAAAAGUGUAAAUGUAGCUCAGAUAAAUGAUUGAAACAGCUAAAUGUAUAUGAAUUAGUCAGUGGGUCACUUCAACUUAUUAGAGUGUAGUUCAAAUUGUUUAACUGGUUAAAUGUUAUUCAUAUUUAUCUAAAAAAAUAAUGAGUAAAUGAUCAAAAUAGCUAAAUGUAGUAGUUAAAAUAAAUAAAAGGAAUAGUUAUGGUUGAAAUAAUCAGCUAAAAAUUAUGGAUGAAUGGUUGAAAUAACUAAAAGCAAUUGUUAAAUUCUUAAUUUUUGGCUAUCAAAAAUACAUAUUAUUGAUACAGCUAAAUGUAAUAAAUAAAUACUUGAAAUAGCUAAAAGUAACAGUUACAUCAUUGAAAUAAGUACCUAAAUCCUGCAAAUAUUUAGCUAGACAUGCUGGAUACAUGGUUUAAAUAGUUUAGAAAUACCGGAUUAAUGUUAAAUGUCUCCUAUUAUUAUUAUUGCAAACUUCGUCAAUUUUCCCAGUGAGGGAUUAAAAAAGUUUAUCUUAACUUGACCAACCUAAAUAUUUACAGUUGAAUUAUUUGAAGAAAAAAAAAUCAUAUGCAGUACAUGCAAUAUCUUAUAAUUUUAUUGAUUGUUAAAAAAGUUUAAAAUCCAUUUAAAUGAUGGAAUGUGAGUAGUAGCAGUGGAGGGGUCCUUGAGUUCAUCUACCAUAAUGUAUGACUGAAAAGCCCUUCACGGGAGUGAGGUUAUCUCUUUCAUCAUGAGAAUUAAUUCUGUCAUAUUGAACUCUGUGUGUCUCCCAGUAUCCACCACUGUGUCAGUAAUUGGUAUUCUCGCUGUGCAAAGGAACAUUUUUAUUAAAGCGUUGCAGAAGCAUUCAUUUUCAUAAAAAAUAUGGAGAUCUUGAACCAAAUUAGCCCCAAACUGAGGGACUAAGACAUACUUUCUCGUCACAUCUUCCACUGCUUCUAUUAUUUGUCACUGUAGCCACAGCAGCCUGCACAUCUGUUGACCAUUCAUAGACCUGUCAACGUUGCCGUGGUGAAACAGUGUCCCGAAGCUUUAUUUUUAUCUCGGUAAAGACAGAUGGUGAGGCGCUCCGCUGUGUCUGGGCCUUGUUUGGAUCCAGCACCAUGUUUCGCACUGACAGCCUGCUGUAGUGGCCAAACCGGACUGACACGAACACAAGCAAUGCAAGAUGUGAAUAAGCUUGUUUGGGAUAUAAACGUUGCCGGGUUUUGUUGUGGCCGAGUGAGUCACGUCCUCUAGACCUCUCCUCAUCCUUGAUGUUUGCACGCAUGUUUGCGCGCAUAUAUGUAUGUAUAAACACUGUGCCUCUUUCAUGUGCCCACAUAGGAGACAAGAAAAAUGUCACGAUGAAAGGCCUGCAUCCAGCACACACAAACAAGUGGGGAAGAAAUCAGCAAAAAGGAAGGAGAAAACAAACAAUUUCCUGACUUUUACACCUAUUUGGAGGCAGGAAAAGAGGGGUUUUCAGGAAGCGAUGAAGGCUUGGAGACAAAUAAACAGCAUGGAGGCACCUCAGAUGACUUUUCACUGCAAGUGCAGCUGCCCACUGCGCAUGCUCGGCCUGGCUGAAAAACCACAUGCGUCUCCCCGCACUGCUCUCUCCGGUGCCAAAGCAGGGAGAUGCGCACAGCGAGGACGCCGCAGCCCCAGAAAUGCGCACAGCUCCGAGCACCCAGACCCGGUCCCGGCUUCACUCGUCCUCCGGCAUCACCGAGCCGCCUCUCAGCGCCAUGGGUUAGAGAGGAUCCACGGGCAACUUUGACACACUUUGACACGGGAAAUGCGCCGGAGAGCUGCGAGAAUUGAGAGCACAAUAACAGAGAGAGAGACUUGAAAGAGAAGAGAGAGGAGGGGACCCGAUUCCUGUCAUUUUCCACCCCCGGUUCCUUCUUCUUCUUUCUUCUUCUUUUUUUAAAAAUUUUAUUUGGGCGGUUUUGAGAGAUGAUCACGGAGCUGCUGUGCACCGCCGUGGCUGUCGGUCUCUAUGUGAACACGCUGGACGCGGAUUUCUGCUACGAUGACAGCCGAGCCAUCAAGACCAACCAGGACCUCCUCCCUGAGACUCCGUGGACCAACAUCCUGUAUGAUGACUUCUGGGGCACCCUGCUCACCCACAGCGGCAGCCACAAGUCCUUCCGCCCGCUCUGCACCCUCUCUUUCCGCCUCAACUACACCCUCCACGCCCUGCGGCCCUGGGGCUACCACCUGCUUAAUGUGCUGCUGCACGGCCUCGUCACCGCCCUGGUCACCGCCUUCAGCCGGCCGAUGCUCGGUGGGGGACUGUGGAGCCUUUUAGCGGGCCUACUGUUUGCCUCCCAUCCGGUGCACACUGAAGCAGUCGCUGGUGUGGUGGGGAGGGCGGAUGUCGGAGCUGCUUUGUUUUUCUUGCUCUCUCUUCACUGCUAUGUGAGGCACUGUGGGCUCCGUAGGGACUCACAUGGGGCCUUCCAGGUCAGGAGAUGUGGCGGUGGGAAUGGCCGCUCGGUCACCAGGUGCUGGGGGUGGAUGCUGGGCAGCUUGUGGUGCGCGGCGGCCAGCAUGCUGUGGAAGGAGCAGGGCGUGACAGUGCUGGCCGUGUCGGCAGUGUACGACCUCUUUGUGUUCCAGAGACUCCGGUUUCGCCAGGCGGUGCUGCUCCUGUUAGGAAAGAAAAAGAACGUCAGCGUUUUGCUGAGUCUCGCUUUGCUGGCUUCCUGGGGAGUGAUCCUGCUGUCAGCUCGUCUCUACUGGAUGGGCAACAAGCCUCCCAACUUCUCCAACUCUGACAACCCCGCCGCUGACUCGCCGCAUUUCCUCACUCGAACGCUGACGUUCCUCCACCUGCCUGCCGCCAACGCCUGGCUCCUGCUCUGCCCCGACAAACUCAGUUUUGAUUGGUCCAUGGACGCCGUGCCCCUGGUCAGGUCCUUGGCCGACUGGAGGAACCUUCACACUGUUGCCUUUUACGGAGGAUUUAUCCUUCUGGCUUUGUUCGGCCUUCGUGGUCCGACCUCCAAAGCCAAGGAUGCCAAUGGGAAAGCCCAUGUCACUAAUGGGAAGUCAAUCACUAAUGGGAAUGGCUACCACGCCCCAGACACAAACCACAACACAGAGCAGGGGUUGCCAAAGACCACCCUGAACGGGUCGGCUGGACUCCACUGUCCUCCUCCUCUGACAUCCCUUCCCCCUACCGAAAGCCUAGUUUUAUUUUCAUUAGGCAUCCUGUCAUUGCCUUUCAUCCCUGCCACCAACCUGUUCUUUUACGUGGGGUUUGUAAUUGCAGAGAGGGUACUCUACAUCCCCAGUAUCGGCUUUUGUUUACUGGUUGCUGCUGGUGCGAGAACCUUGUACGUCCGAGUGAGGACUCGAGGCUGCAAGGCCUUAGUGUUAUGUCUCUGUGCGGGACUAGUGCUGCUGAAUGGACUCAGAACUGUUCAAAGAAACAAAGACUGGAGCAAUGAGGAAAAUCUCUACAAGUCUGGGAUUAAUGUGAAUCCUGCUAAAGCCUGGGGCAACUUGGGGAACGUACUGAAGAACCAGGGCAAGAUGGCGGAGGCUGAGCAGGCGUACCGAAACGCUCUGCACUACCGAGGGAACAUGGCUGACAUGCUGUAUAACCUGGGCUUGCUGCUGCAGGAGAAUGAACGUUUUUCUGAGGCGCUGCAUUAUUACAGACUGGCCAUUGGGAGUCGGCCAACACUGGCAUCGGCCUACUUGAACACAGGAAUAAUCCUGAUGAACCAGGGCAACCUGGAAGAGGCCAAACGCACCUUCCUCACUUGUGCCGACAUUCCCGAUGAGAACUUGAAGGAUCCUCACGCCCACAAGAGCUCUGUCACCAGCUGCCUGUACAACCUGGGAAAACUGCUCCACGAACAGGGCCAGCAGGAGGAGGCCCUGUCUAUUUAUAAGGAAGCAGUGCAGAAAAUGCCUAGACAGUUUGCACCACACAGCCUUUUCAACAUGAUGGGAGAGGCCUACAUGAGGUUGAACCGGCUGGAGGAAGCAGGUCACUGGUACAGAGAAUCGCUCAGGGCCAAGCCUGACCACAUCCCCGCCCACCUUACUUACGGCAAACUCCUGUCCAUCAUCGGGCAGAAGACAGAAGCGGAGAAGUACUAUCUGAGAGCAAUUCAACUAGACCCGACAAAAGGAAACUGCUACAUGCACUAUGGCCAGUUUCUGUUGGAGCAGUCCCGUCUUGGUGAAGCUGCCGAGAUGGCAGAGAGAGCUGCAGAGCUGGACAACUCCGAGUUUGAUGUGGUCUUCAGUGCUGCUCACAUGCUCAGACAGGCCAAUCUAAACGAAGCGGCAGAAAUCCAGUAUGAGCGAGCAGCCAGCCUCAGACCAGAUUAUCCGGCUGCUCUGAUGAACCUCGGCGCCAUCCUCCACCUGAACGGGAAACUUCCCGAAGCGGAGGCCAACUAUCUGCGGGCGCUGCAGCUCAAACCUGACGAUGUGAUCACCCAGUCCAACCUGCGCAAGCUGUGGAACAUCAUGGAGAGGCAGGGACUCAGGACUAAACACGGGCUUGGGGCGCAGAAAGGCGACCUUUAACUUGAAAGAGUUGCGUUGUUGUUUCCUCACUGGCGGAAUGAAGCUGGAUAUGAAGGACCGAAGGCUGGAAUCUCUCUGUAAAGACGACAUCUGUAGUGAUUUGGCCUGUGAUGUUUGUGAGAGACAGCUUGAGGCUUGGCAUGUUUGGGAUUUUUGAGUCCCGGAUGGUUUCUCAAACUAUGACAACUUCUUUUUUUAUUAAUAUUUUAUAACGCUCUGUCAAAUGAUACAAUAAAAAAGCAAAUAACGGAAAAGUCCACAAAAACAAUCUUCCUGGUUUCAAAUGUCAGCUGAUUGUUAUUUCACGCUAAUUUAAACCAGGGUGUGUUUGAAAGCCCUUAAUUUGAAUGACGAUGUAGCAAAUUUACAACAAUCAUUUCUGCAAAAAGUCGUUUUGAAGUGUCAGCACUGAUGAGUUAAUGGCUAUCAUGUUGCGUUUCAUUAUGCCAGCUUGUUUGACUUAAACUGAAACCACAUCCUUAAUUUUACACAUCAAAGUCUGUUUACAGGAGGAGAACUACUGCACAUGUGAAAAGCUUGUAUAAAAGCCUUUUUGUGGCUCCAGAGGGAGCGAGUGAGUCAGCGUUGGUUGGGGGUGAAGGCUACAAAUUUGAAAAAGAAAACAAUUCUUCGAGGUGUGGAGAAAGAAGUCAGCCUACUGGCCUUCUGCAAUGCCUUUCAUUUUGAAAUUUGCCGUUACUGUCACUAAUGCAAAUGUCCGACCAAAGCGUUGCCAGUUAACCCUCUGAUCCCCAACAGCUUCUGAGUGUUUUCUCUCACUGUGGGCCUGUUUUUUCACUGCAAUUUACAAUCCUGCACCUCAAGGGAAACAGCACAACCAUGGCUAGAAGUACAGAGAAGACAAAAAUAAGUGUUGCCAUCGUUUUUUAUUUUUAAGAAAAAAAGGAAAAUUACAAUUCUUUGAUUAUUUUUUGCACAAAAAUAUAAAAAAAUGGAAUCAGCAAGUCAAAUAAUUACCAAGAGCCCUAAAUGUUAAUAAUACUUGGGAAAAAUAUGACCACAUACUAUAUUAUACAAAUUUUACUACUUGCAUUUUGUAUUUGUUUCUACACGUCUCCUGUCCGCUCCUUGCACACACAGCCUGCAGUUCAGCCUAGUGUAGCCAAACGCUCUGAGAAUUUUUGUCAUGUGGCUUUCGGUUCAGUGACUAAUACCUUUAUUGUUGCAUUGAAAAUUGCAGAAUUUUUUAAUUAUUUACAGUCAGGUUAGUGCAAUCGGUGUUUCUAAAAUGGGAUAACAAAGUGAUUCUGAUUAAAUAUGAUUUCGACGUCACGUAUAAUUAGUUACAGGACUGUUGGAAAGUUGAAAAUCCUUUGAUUAUCUUUGUUUUCACAGUUUCUAGGUCUAAAUUGUAUGUUUUGGGUGUUUUUUUUUUAAAGCUAACAUGCCUUUCAAAGCUGCCUGUGGACUUUGGGGCUCAGAGGGUUAAGUUGCAUUAUGGGUGAUGUAGGAUUUGACAAGGAAGAAGGACUUCUUAUGCUAAAAUGUCCAUCAUAGGUCGACAGUGUUGUGGAACCCAGGUGGAGUAUUCUGUUUCAAAAUAAUAAAAAAUGAAAUCCCAGAUGAUUUGCUCUCAGGAUGGCCUGGCCUUAAAGUUAACACAGUAAAUACAGGACUAAAAGCAUGACAGUGCAUAGUGAACUUGUGGCACCACCCUCUAAUAAAGUGCUGUGCUCCCAGUUUAAAUAAGCUCAGCCAACGCCAUCGUGUUGUCCGAGUCACUGAAGAUUGUUUGCACUUAGUGCAUUUUAAGCGCUUGUGACUGUAAAAUUGAAAACAGAUAACGAGAAAAUCCUCAGCGGUGCCAAAGCUUGUACUGAGUCUUUACACCUCUCGUGCCAAGCAAGAACUGUUAUCACUCAUGUGUUGUGUUUCUUGUGUCAAAUGAAGAUGUUUUAUGUGAUCACAUGAUCAAAUUUAAUUUAUUAAUACGUGUUAUUUUAUGUAAAAAUGCCAACACUGUGCCGUUUCGCUGUCAUAUCAGCCCACCUUCUCUCAUUCCUCCAAAUAGAUAGGCUACAGUAGGCAACAUGACAACUGCAUUAAAAUGUUUUUCUACGUGUUGUGUUGGGUUUUUUUUUGUAUUCUCUCUGCUCAGGGACAUCAGGUUGUGAUUCCUGUCACAGAGUGGGUUUGUGACACAGAGAGAGCUUCUUAAAAUGAUGUUAGGUGUUUUUUUGAUGAUCGUGAUGUUUGGUUAAAUUAUACAAAAAUGUGUAGCUGAAAAAUGUGUUUUGUAAAAGAAAAGUGAACCUUUUUCCAUAAUAAAAAGAUGAUUUUUGCGCUCA